UCAAGAGAAGUGCAAUCUUUUCAUCUUUUGACCGAGCCAGUCUUGUGGAUUAAGUCUUCUUUUCUAAGCCCAAAUACAAGAGCUCAUCCUCAGACUCUGUCGCACUCUCCAUCUCUUUCACUCUGUCUCUCUGCCUGUCUGGCACUGCCAUCGUAGGCAGUAUUUACUGUACAUGGCACAGUGGGCAGCUCUGUUUGCCUCUCUUUCACGCUUUCCCUCAUCUCUGAACUUUAUUCUUUAACCGUCUCAUUUUACUCUCAUCUAUCACAUUUCAUAAUUUCAUUUCUUCCAUCUCUCCUGCUCUUCCUGUUGUGUCCUCCUUCUCUCUUUCUCUCUCUCUCUCUUCUUUCUGCUGUCUCUGACAAACGCACCAAUGUGCAGCCAGAGGAAUUAGCUGUUAGCUUUAGCUUUUAGCUAUCAACGUCUUCACUGAGAAUAAGGCUUUUAGGGGUGACCCCUUCCAUCAUCAUCCUCUGGCGUCCGACACUGACCCGCCCCCCACCCGCCACUGCAGGGUGGGAUGGGCAGGGUCUGGGGAAGUUAGCCUGGGGCUCGAGGGUUAGCAACAGGGCAGGCGAUGCCAGAUAGUAAAGUACAAGGUGGAGGUGGGUGCUCGCGGGGCAAGUGGAAGCUGAGGAAGGGAGGCAGCCGUUCAGCCAUCCCAGCACUCUUCACCAUCACUGAGGAAGAGGAAGAACGCAGAGAUGCUCGCAGGAGGAAGAAAAGAGCAUCUUACUCCCGGUAUAAAUCGGAGGAUGGCAGAGCGUCUUCAGCCACCCGUCCCAGCUCCUCGGGCUCCGGACAGACCUACACUCCCACCUUGACCCCAACCCCCACCCUGACUCACACCACCACCAGCAACAGCCCUGGUAACAAUGUUGCCACCAAAACAGACUCGUUGCUCUUCAACAAGAUCGAUGAGAGACAGAGGUUAGCCCGUGAGCGCCGGGUGGAGCGUGAGAAACAGAAUGCUGUCAAGGAGGCCCAGUGGCAGGCACGUGAGGAGCGAGCCAGGCAGCACUAUGAGAAGCAGCUGGAAGAGAGGAGGAAAAAGAUGGAGGAGCAGAGGAUAAAGGAGGACAAGAGACGGGCUGCCGUGGAGGAGAAACGGCGGCAGAAACUUGAGGAAGACCAGGUUCGUCAUGAGGCGGUGAUCCGUCGGACGUUGGAGAGGAGCCAGAAAACCAGACAGAAACCCAACCGGUGGUCUUGGGGAGGGGUACUGCACACAAACACUCCCAGCACGACAGCAGGUUUUGUCGAGUCAGCUUUCCUCUAUCCACUCGACCUUGCUGGACUGGAGCACAUGCAGAGUGCUUUCAGUCUCUACCGCAGAUACGGAGUGACCUCCCAAUAUGCUGACAGGCGGUCAGUGUCCACAAUGAAUUUAUCCAAACACACAGACCCUGUUUUUACCAAGCGCCUCUCCUACUCCUCUGCCACACUCCUACACUCACCAGACCGAGGCUUACAGAUGAGAACAUCCUCCUCCCCUGUCAUUAGCAAAGCUCAGUCAAAACCCCGCCUACACCAGGGAAAGACCACCCAGCACAAAAACACAGGCCUGCGCCAUCUUCCGUUGACGCCAUGGGAGACCAACGUGGUGAACCGCCUGCAGCAGCCAACACACUCCUACCUGGCUCGUAGCCGCAGUGCCAUGAGUCUGUCUGGAGAGCAAACAGCCAUGCCUGUUUGUCCUCGCUCAGUGUCCUGCCACCCCAUGGGCUCCAUGUCCUUCAAAGCCCUGCAGGCCCAGCCGCUUCCUCACUGCCGCAGCCAGGAGAGGAACCUCAGCAGGGGGGCGGUCUCGUCUACCACCACGACUGCUCGCAGGAGGACCACUGGCAACACACAGCAGAAGGACCGUGACCAUGUCAGGAAGUCAUGGAGCAACCUCUCACUCCCAUUGGCUCCCAUUCUGAGCUUGCCCCCCAACAAGCGCUCCUCUUCUCCAAGCAAGAAGACCAGCAAAGUGACAGCUCCCUCUCCUGGCAGGACUCCACAAAAGACAGGAGGGCGCCCCCCGACUCCCAAGCUGCUUAAGUCUCCGGGGACAGAGGACCCUGGAAAUCUUCGUCCUUACAGGAUCACGCCUGAGAGCCCCCAACCCACCAGAGUCAGAGAAGGGGAGGAGGAAGAGCAGGUCCUCACUCCUCUUCAGCCUCGCCCUCAGCCACUGGGUCAGAACAAGACCAGUGAUGAGCAGACACCAGCAGCAGCCAGCGAGAGUGUAAGCAGUCCUCCAGCCCACAAGCCCUCGGCAGGCACCACAGAUCCAGAAGAAGCGAGUCGUAUCUUGACUGAGAAUCGUCGGCUGGCCCGCGAGCAGAGGGAGCGAGAAGAAGAGGAGCGCAAGCAACAGGAGGAGCAGCGCAGGUUAGCGAAGGAGGAGAUGGCUCGCCGUAAGGCCGAGGAGCGGGCAAAAAGAGAGGAGGAGGCUCAGCGUCAGGCGGAGGAGAUGAGAAGGAAGGAGGAAGAGGAGAGAAAGGUGGAGGGAGAGAGGCUUCAGAAAGAGAGAGAGGAGGCAGAGAGACUCCAGAAACAGAAAGAGGAGGAAGAGUCUCGACAGAGAGAGGAGGCGGAGCGACUGAGGCAGGAGAGAGAGAAACACUUCCAGAAAGAGGAGGCUGAACGCCUGGAGAGAAAAAAGCGUCUGGAGGAGAUCAUGAAGAGAACAAGACGUUCAGACACAACCGAGAAGAAAGUUGUUCCCAACAGGAAUGGAAACAGUGCAGUGACCCCUGCCGCCGCGAGUCCAUCUGCAGUGACUGUGUCACCAACACACAAUAGCAACGGUCGCCAACCUGAGCCCAACCCAAACCCCAACACCACCACACUGAGCCAUCCUGACCAGAGGGAAAACGGGGAGUUUGAAGAGGUGAUUGUACUGCCUUCACAUUCCAGGUUGUCUCCUCCUGAGGGAGAGGAGCAGCAGCAGCAGCAGCAGGAGGGGGAGGAGAGAGUUCCUGUCUUAGCCUUCAGGGAGAACGGCCUCCUAAAGCCUCUAGGCGGAAUAGAGGACAUAUCAGCCCAGCAGGGACCAGAUGUUGCCUGAUGCCCUGUUAGACCGACAUGAUUCCACACCCAGAGAGACAGGAAGUGAGAUGGCCAGAAAGAGGUAACACAGAGCUGUUGGACUGAAUCAAAGGAAGGACUCGCAGCAUCACAGCCAGACACUUCCAGAGGUUUUACUUUCUCAUCCUCCCGCAUCAGAAGAACACCGCAGCCAUUUCCCAAAGUUGGCAUCUUCCAAAGAUCUCCAAAAAGCAUCUCUAGAGAAAAGUUACUUUUCCCUCAACAAACUACCUGGGGAACAGAUCGUCUCUCUCUGUCUCUGACCAUGAUUACACUGGAUCACCACCGCUGAUUCUGAAGUAAAUGUCCUGAAAUCACGUGAGUGAGUGUGUGUGUGUGUGUGUGUGUGUGUGUGUGACUGCAAUCAGUUUAAGUCUUCAGCCAUGAUACUUGAAUAGCUUUUUGUUGUUGCUGUAGAACACACUGUAAUCAGAUUGACAAAAUCAGCAAUGUGACGUUAUAACUGGAACUCUGGCUCUGAAUUACAAGGUUUCAUUAAAGUUUCAACGUUUCUAUUGAAAUGUUAAGAAGAGAUGGGAUAUAGCAAUGUCAGUGCAUGAAGUUGUAUUAAGACUAGAGGAAAGUCAUGUAAUGUAUUUUUGCUGUGUCUACAGUGUUUAAGACUAGUUAUUAUUGGGGUGAGGCAGGGGCGUUGGAGUAUGGAGUUUAAGUUAAAUAAUGACAAAUUGAAAAUACUGUUCUCAAAUGAGAAUUAGGGUGUAAACUACUGAUUUUUUUUUUUUUAGUUUUAUUCAAUUGCUGUACAGAUGUAAUGUGAUUCUUUGUUUUGUCCUCAAUCCUCAAAGUCUUUCUGUUUAACUUUAAAUUGAGGAAAAAAAAGAUCUGAUUUGAUGUUAAGUUCAGCCCUUUCUUUUCAUUUGUUUACCUUUUACAUUUACCCCAUCAGUGCUGCAUCCUACGUCCUGUCACACUGUCUAAACUCAGCCAGUGUUGGAGCACUCAGCUGUAGCUUAGCCACCUUGUGUUGGAGGUUGACUUUUGUUUUGGCCAAGCAAACUACAACAUAAUUUGUUGUUGAUGUUAAUUCUGAAAUCUGAUUUGUUUGAUCUUUUUGAUUUAGGGUUAAGAAGAAAUGCUGCUAAUUUAGACGUUCCUUUGCCUUACCGCAUCGUAGAGAGAAUGAGGUGACAUGUCUUUCUCACUAAAAUGAAGAUAUCCAUUCCCACUGUGAGCUUUGACAUUCUGGCCACAUGCCAUAACUCUCCAGUAGCUUCCGUUUGAUUUAUGUUAAAAUUAUGAAAGAUUAUGAAGAAAUGUUAUGUCAUCAUUUGAGAGCUAUAAUGUCAAACAGUUUGUCCUUUUAUACAGCUUUUCACUAAUUUAAGAUAGGAGGGGGAUUAUAGUAAAUCCUGGAACCCAACCAUUACACUUCUGUGAUAUUCACUUCCAUCUUUUACACAACCUUCCAGUAAUGCUGCUGUCUUAGCAUUUGGGUCUUUGCACUCCUCAAAUCUUGCAGUACCACCAAAAUGGAAGGAUACUCAUGUCUUGGUUAUGUAGUGCUGGUUUCUGACAGUAGUACAUAGCAUGCUGUUCAUGGUAACUUGACUUAGCCUGAAAAUAAAUUGCUUGUAAAUUACAUUAUACAUACAUAUCCUAUAAAUUAUGUUUAAAAGUUGAUAUAUUUUGCUAAGACUGACAAUGCUUUAAAAAACAAGCCCUUUACUUCAGAAGAGGGGCUGUGGGAUGAGAUUUUUGAACCACUGUAAAACUCAAAUCACUAACUGUUGCAGUGGUACUGUUUGGCAAGUAAAUAAAACUUUUUGAAUUGAUUACCUA